UGCCCAGCCGUGAUAUACACAUUGGUUGCAUGUGCCAAAGUUAGAUGCUCUCUCAAUCGAAAUCUAAAAAAACCCAAUCAAAAAAUUCUCUUCGAUUCUCGAAAUUCUCUGUUUCCUCGAAUUCAAACCGUAGUUCUUCGUUCGAACAUUCGAAGAUCUAUUGCAAUUUAAUAGUUUUUGUUGAUCAUCGAUUGCGUGAAAGGGCUUCGAGAAUGUUCAACGGAAUGAUGGAUCCUAAAUUGAUGAGACUCGCCCAGGAGCAGAUGAGUCGCAUGUCACCCACUGAGAUGGCCAGGAUUCAACAACAGAUUGGAUUACUCUGCGCAUACGUUAUCAAAAAGUUGUACUUUGGCAGAUUGGUUUUUGAUGACGUUCGGAAGUUUACUUGCAAAUGAAGAUCAACUGU